AUGAUAACCAUGGAAUUGCAUAAAGGAAAUGUUUAGUUGCUCAGCGUUCCUUAGAAUAAGAACAUUUUCAACACACGUAAAUAUACUGUAAAUAUACUCAUCUAUAUUUAUUAGUUACUCAACUUCUUACCCAAAACCCUCUUCACAGGUUUAGUCAGAUUCGGAAACAUCUAUUUACUUGCCAUUUCAUUGAUCAUGCUCAUAGAUCCCACUCUCUCCCCCUUUUAUCGUUGGAUCACUAUUUUCCCCAUUGGUUUAAGUGUACUCCUCUAUGUUAUCAUUGAAUUUGUUCUUGACAUUCGUCGAUAGAGUCACGAUCAUAAAAUCAACAUGCAAACAACUUCAAGAGGAGCUAAAGAUGGCUCAAUUGAGACCAUCAAAUGGAGUGAUAUUCAAAUUGGCGACGUUUUAUACCUCAUCAAAGGAGAUAUUGUACCUGCUGAUAUCAUACUCUUGGAUACUGGAUAAGUCAGGGAUCGAGAAGCUAUCUGUAUGGUAGAUACCUAAUAUUAUGAUGGCAAAUCAAGUCUAACCAAAAAGAAGUCUUCCUAUCUAACUUAAUUGAUUGUCUUGAGAACCAGAUUGAAGAAUUAAUUCCCAGAAUACAGAAAGAUGUUAACUGGUAAAUUAGAAUAUGAAGCACCUAAUGGAAAUACACAAAGGUUUCAUGCUAGAUUGAAACUCAAAAAAGAUCCAAAAAAUGAAGAAUUAACUAUAGAUAAUUUCAUUCCCAAAGGAACUAAAAUUAAAUAGACGUCCUGGUUAUUUGGCUUAGCAGUAUAUGUUGGUCACAAUACUAAAACUAUGCAAAGUAGUCAUUAUGGAGCAUAAAAAUAGAGUUUUGAAGAAAAACAAUGCAAUUUCUACUCGUUCCUCAUGGCCUGUUUAUCAUUAUUUUUUACAUUAAUAUCAAUAAUUGUACUAUUAGCUAGAUCUGAUGAAAACAGUUUCGCUUUAAUAAUAGACAACUAUACAACUAAUGGGAUGAAAGUAUUUUAAUUAGCCAUAUUGUAUGCCCAAUUAAUUCCAGCUACUUUGUAUUUAUUAUUUGACAUCGUGAACUUCAUCUCAGUAUUUAAAUUUGAAAUCAAUCAAAUUGAGGAGAAUCUAGUGAAAUAUGUGAAAAUCAACUCAUCAAAUAAUUUAUGUGAUUUAGGUCAUGUUGAUUAUAUGUUGAUUGAUAAGACAGGUACAUUAACUACAUCAUAUUAUAAAUUGGAUAAUUUAUUAUUCGGAUAAUUAGCAUUCAGUCUCAAUUAUGAUUAACUAUAAUUGACAUUGAACCAAAAAUCAGCAAAAUAGGAUGAUAUCGAAGACCCCUUAAAAUAUGCAAGUAUAAAUGAUAACAAUGAAUAUUUGAUUCCGUUUGAGUAUGAUAAGAAGAGUAAUCAAACAACUGAAGUUUAACCAAGUGGUAAGUUAAUGCUGAAAAGUGUUAGGACUUCCAACAAUAACCCAAUCUUUAAUUAAAUCACUGCCUAGCCAAUCAGUAAAAGAUAGACCUUUCUCAAUAUGGAUGUUUAAUAUUAAUAACAGUUUCAAGAUUAUUCAUAGACUAGGAUGUUUUUACCUCAACCAAAACAUAAAAAUAGUCCAGGCAAUAACAAUGAUGAAUUUAUGCAAUUAGUCAACUAACUAAAGUAUAGUUCCCCAUAGAAGGAGUACUUGUAGACAAAGGACAUUAAUACAUUAUAUUAUGAUGCUUUCUUAAAGUGUUUGAUGUUAUGUCAUGAAGCAAGACCAGUCUUUGGGGCUGAUUCAAUAACAUAUGAAUCAUUUUCCAAGAAUGAGGAGAUUUCAUUAACAUUCGCUCGUUCCUGUGGUUACUAAUUGGAGAACUUUAAUAAAUUCGAUAGUCCAGAUAUUUACUUAUGUAAAGUGAGGGGAAACUCAAUUUGGUAUCAAAUAUUAGGAUUAAAUUUGUUUACCUACAACAGAAAUUUGAAUUCAGUAGUAGUCUAAGUACCAAUGACUAUGGAUUUAGAAUUGGGUCAGGAACAUGAAGCUCUGAAUUAAUUAUGUGGAGAAGGCUCCAAAAAUAAAUCAUUAUUGAUUUGUAAGGGAGAUUAUGAAGCAAUUAAAUUAAAAUUGUAAUUAAAUCAUAAGGAGAGAGAAGAGUUAGAUGCUUAUAUUCAAAACUAUAAAGUGAGAGGUAUAAGAAUGAUAGUAUAUGCAACAAGAGUGUUGAGUGAAAAAGAAACUGAGAAUUACAAGCAAAAAUUCAAUUUGUUGCAUAGUUCUCUGACUAAUCAGGAUAGUUUGUUGGAAGAAUUGGCUUUAGAAUAUGAAAAGGAAUUAAACUUAUUGGGAAUGAUAGGAUUCAAAGAGGAAUUAAAGAGUGAUGCAUUAGAUUUUAUUAAGACAGUUAAAGAGUGCAACAUCAAUAUUUGGUUAUUGAGUGGGGAUUAAGAAGCAUAGACAAUUAGUUGUGCUUAGGCUUUAGAGAUGGCAGAGACUUCUAAGUAUCUCAGGAUUGUAGCAACAGAGAAGGAGUAGAUAUGGUUAUAAAUAAAUACUGCAAUAGGAUAGAUAUAAAGUGAAUUGUAAAAAAUACAAGAGAAGCAAUUAAUUAAACAAUAAGAGAAACAUUCACAAUAAUCAAUGAGUAGAAGUAUGAUUAAGUCAAGUGUAACAUUAUUUGAAGGAGCAUCCUAUUAAUAAAUGUUAUAAUUUGUAUUGGUUGUUAAUGGAAACUCUUUAUCAAUAAUAAGUGAAUCCCCAGAUCUAAUGAGUCAUUUUAGAUUCUUGUCAUGUGUAUGUAAGAAUGUAAUUGGAUUUAACAUGAAUCCACAAUAGAAAGAAUUAGCCUGUAUUAUCAUUAAGGAUUACUUCCCAAAUAAACCAACUAUUCUAGGAGUAGGAGAUGGCUAUAAUGAUGCUCUUAUGAUGUAAGCCUCUCAUAUCAGUAUUGAAAUAAUCAAUAGCAAAUUAAAUCACAUCUAUCCAUAAGUGAAUGCUGGAGACAUUAGUGUUAAUACAUUAAAAGAGAUAAAAGUAUUAUUGUUAUAGAAGUGUAAACUGCACUCGGAACGUGUCUCUUCUAUGAUAAUAUACCUAUUUUAUUGUGCAGGCUUUUUAGGUAUGACACUCUUCUUUUACAAUUGGUUUUGCUAGUUUACUGCUACUUCCUUACAUGAUUCAAUGACAGUAUUUUUGUUCAUAUUCUUAUACACAACUCCCAAUGCUUUGGUUAUUGGAUUAGCUGAUUUACAAACUAACCCAUUAGUAAACACAUCAAUUCCUACUUUAUAUGUGGAUGGCCAGAUCAGAACCAAAAGGUUUGGAUAUUAUUAUUUGAUUGAAGCAUUUUUGGAAUCAUUUAUAUCAGCUGCCUUCACUUUCUAUUCAUGCACAUAUAUGGUUAAUUAUGCUUGGACUAAUGAUGGUCAUCAGAGUGAUUUCUAAAUGGUAGCGACCAGCAUCAUUUACGUAGUGAUUACAGUAUCAGCAUUAAAGGUGUUAUUUAGAUUGAUCCAACAUAAUGUACACAUAGUCAUCAUAAUUUCCCUAUUCACAUUUGGAUUAUUGGUUGGGUUUGUAUUUCUGAAUUACAGAGGAAACUUUAGCGAUUUUGAUUACUAAGAAUUGACUUAUCAAUUAUUCACUAGGUUUAAUAGCAUAGUAGCAAUCAUCUUUUGUUUAUUUGGAUGUUUCUUCAUAAAUUACUUCCUUCAUGAUUUCAUUAAACUGAAUGUGUUCCCAACAGUCUAUUAAUAAUUUGCAUUUAUUAAUUAGGAUGGUACAUAAUGGGAAGAUGCCACUCACUCGCAUAUAUUAAACUAAUGUUUAGAUCAACAUGUGUAACUAUUCUAUUUAAAUUUAGUAAUGUCUCUACUAUCAUACAAAACGUGUUUAUUGAUUGUUCUACCACAUCUCCUUACAUAUCAGAAAUGCUCAAUCCCGGAGAUACCAAAGUAACUGAAAUGAAACUAAAACCCUUGACUUUGGAAAUGAAGGAAUUGGUCCUCGAAUAAAAGUUCCUUGCUCAUAAAUUGUCUCAAUCACUCAGUCAUUUACGUUUCUUCUUGUGCAUUUUAUUAAUCUAUUUCAUAGCCUAUUGCUUAACUGAUUUCUUCAUUAAUGAUCUCAGAGUAUUCACUGGAGUCUAUUAUUUGAUUAUCUUUGGCAUUGUAUUCCUUAUUUUAUUGCUAACAUGCACAUCAAUAAUGGAAUAACAGUACUAUACUUAUUCACAUUUGACUGUUCUGAUCAUAUUUGCAAUUAAAGUUGCAAUCGAUUGGUUAUCAGAUGAUUUAACCAUUACAUUAUCUGCAACCUUAGUAAUCUUGUUUAGUACAUUUAAUACUAUGAAUAUGACAGUCAUACCUAUAAUGUUAUACAAUAUCUGUUAUCUAAUACAAUUGAUAGUAAGAAUAUUAAUUAUUGUUGUAUCUACUGACUUAAGCACUUCAAAUGGAACAUACACACAAAGCAGGAUUUCAACCUAUGCUGCUAGUACACAAAUAUUGUUGGUCAUCAGCAUUACUAUUAGAUUUUUGUUCACUUAUUAUAAAUCAAUAAAGCAUAGAAGAAAUGAUUAUUUAGCAAAGUAUUCAAUUGAAUAGGACAACAUGACUGCAUAGGACAUUUUAAGCAUUCUUGUUCCUAGAUUUGUUAGACAAUAAAUAUCAACUGGAGUUUAUUCCAUGCAAUAAGCAUAGGAUGAUGUAUCAAUCCUAUUUGCUUACAUUUGUGAUUUUGAUACUAUUAUGAAAGAGGAAGGCAAGAAUGUUGUUUUAAUGUUGGAUUCUCUAUUUAGAUUGUAUGAUAAUUUAUGUAUUUAACAUGGAGUUCAAAAGAUAGAAACAGUAGGAUACACUUAUAUGGCAGCAACAGGAAUCAAGGCAUGUGAGUAGAAUAUGACUGCUCAUGUAAUUAGAACAGAGAAAACUAUGAGAUUGGUCAAUAUGGCAUUUGAUAUGAUGUAAUAAGUUUAAGGAAGAAAAUAUGGAAAAGGCAACUAAAUAGAAAUGAAAAUUGGAAUCCAUGUUGGAAGAGUGAUUGCAGGAGUGAUUGGACAUCAUAAACCUUAAUUUUCAUUAAUAGGUGAUCCAGUGAAUCAGACAAGUAGAGUAGGUUCUACUGGAGAUACUGGAGCAAUUACUUUAAGUGAAUAAGCUUUUAAAUAAGCCAGACAUGGAAUUAAAUAUUACUCAAAAAAACAGAAGGAAGCCAAGGGUCUAGGAAUAAUAGAUACUUAUUAAGUGUUUAAGACUAAACCACCAGGGUAUUAAGUACCUAAGGCAUUUCUACUUUGGCAGAAUUGUACUAAGAUUGUCGUAAAAGAUCUAAGAUAAUAGAGAAGUCAAAGAUAGAUAGUAUCAAAAAAGGGUCAAUUCUUAUCCUAGUUGCAAAACUCAAUAUAUGUGGAUAAUAUGAAACAAUCAAAUAGACUAGAAAUAUCUCCAAGAGCCCCUCAAACAGUUUAAUUUUUAAUGCCGCAAAAUUCGCCUUAAGAAGUAGACAAUAAAUCUAGACUGUCAGUGCCAGUCCAACCAUCAGAAGCAGUGUUGACUGAUGAAUCUGUGUUUAUAACAAAUGAAUAGGAGGACAAUGGUGAAUUAGAUCUAAUUAAGCCUAAUUUGAUUUUGAAUAUACCUGAGAAUGAGAUCAAAGGCAAUUUUAUUUAGAUAUUGAAAGAAUAGAAUUUAGAUGAAUCUAAAGUAGGUAUUGUAUUCUUAUGGUUCACAUAUUUCGUAAUCACAUUGCUAUCAAUAAUUGUUCGCAAACUAUUCUAAUACAACCUUCUUAUUUUUGUUUUAAGAGUACUAUUUCUUAAUUAUUAUUUAGGCAAUAUUUUUAAUCCUUCUGAUAGUGCUGUUCCCAAUUUUAUCCCAAGCCUAUAGGAACAGAUUGGUGAAUCUGAUGUACUUCCUGCUAUUGAUAUAUGCUGUCUUUACAGUCUUGUUUUAGGCCUACCUGACUGACAAUUCAGAAGUAGCCAUCAUAUGUCUUUUGGAAAUACUGUACAUAAUGAUUGUGACUUGCCAACUGAAGAUGUUCACUUUCUUAUAAGUCAUCAUUUAUAUGUUCAUUAUGUUAGGAUUUUUCUUGGGCUUUUACAUAGCUUCAGAUUUAGUAACUCAUUUCGCAAUCUUUUAUAUUUGUUGUUGUAUGCUCAUCCUUUUAUUGGGCUACUAUUUGGCUAUGAGGGAAUAGAUUCAAAUGUUUAACAAUCUAUAAAUCAAUGAGGAUAAGAAAGUCAAAUAAAUUAAUUUGGUGAGUCAAUUAUUGCCUAUGCAUUCCUAUUUGAAGAUGAAGAACAGUUCAAUAUAUGACAAGAGUGAUUUCAUAGAUGAAUUUGAAGAUGUCACUCUAUUAUUUGCAGAUAUCAAGGGAUUUACUGAAUAUUCUCAUACCCAAACUCCAGAAGGAGUUGUGACCAUGCUUAGGAAUCUCUUUACAGAAUUCGACAAAUUAUGUUAAAGAUAUAAUGUGUAUAAGAUGUAUACAAUCGGGGACUGCUAUGUUGUUAUGGGAUUCACAAACAGUGCCAAAAGAAAUGUAAAUAUCUAUAUCUUAUUUUAAUUAGCCCAUAUAAGAAGCCAUCAAUACAGUCAAAAUGGGAUUCUAGAUGGUGGAGAUUAUAAUGUAAGUGAGAUUGAAGAUCAAAUUCGAUAAACUCAAUAUGAGAAUAGGUAUUCACACUGGUCAAGUUACAGGAGGGAUCAUUGGAACUGAUAUUGUGAGAUAUGACAUUUAUGGCAAAGAUGUAUCAAUUGCCAACAAGAUGGAAAGCAGUGGAGAAGAAGGAAGAGUCCAAGUUUCAUAAACUACUAAAUAAAUGAUUGAGAGGGCAGAGAAACACCCAUUUAAAUUCAAAUUCCAUCAUGUAAGGAUUUCACGUUUAUUUUAGGAUGUUGAAUUAAGCAAAUUUAACAUGAGCACUAAAGGUUAUUUAGUAGAAUGGGAUAAAAUAAGGGAAGAAGCCAGUUAUGAAUAACAGUGA